AUGGCGACAGAACCAUCCCCCCGCACCGUGCGAUUCUCCCAACCCGACGAUGAUCAGCAUGUCCGGCCAGACAAGCUCAAAAACGGAUCGCGCCCAUCGCCCAUAAUGUCGGAUUCGGAAAAUUCUGCGUCGUCGGGCUCAGGGGAGCUGCAGCUGAGCCCACGGAGUGUGUUGGAGCAACAUGAUGAUCUCGCGUCGCUCGGCCGGUAUGUCGAGGCGACGCAUCCCGCUUCCGUGCAGUCACAUCCGUCCGCCGCGGUCGCAAACGGCGGGGGCAGCCGCCAACGUAGCACAGCCGAGUCUGUUUCGUACUCUAAUGGGACCGGCACGCGUCCUCAACGUCCCACUGGCCCCGCCAGAACCCCUUCCAACACAUACCAACCCUACACGCAACGGAGGCCGAACCAGAACCCGCCCUCCUUCACCUCCAGCGGCGGGCUCCACAUUAAAGAUGGUUCGAGACCGCGGCAGGUUGGAACGUCGACAUUCCGAGCUCAAGAGCGAGAGUAUGUACGGAAGCUGCGUCAACAAGACUACAGCAACGACUACUUUGACACCUAUGGCUCGGCGGAGGGUCAGUACGAGUCGGAUUCGGAAGGCGAGACACCCUCUUCUGAGGGGCCCUUCGACAACUACGAUGACGCUCACAUCAUGUUCACCAAUACCGAAGGGAGCCAGAUCACGGAAGAGGAUCUGAAGGAUUCACAUAACCGCGAGAGGUUGGAGUGGCACGGGAUGCUUGAAGCAGUGCUCACUGGCGACGUCGUGCGGCAGGAGAAAAAGCGCCUCAUCGGAUCGGCUGACGAGGAGAUUGGCAAGAGCGCCCACAAGGCCGAGCUUUGGCUGGGAAUCCGCGCCCGGGUUCACGGGAGGCAUCUGCCCGUCCAGCGGAGGAUGAUCGAGGAGGCACGAGCCUCGCUGGACCGCUCUGUGAACGACGUGAUCAACUUCUCCAUUGCCGGCGAGACCGAGGCCGGGAAGCCGCCUAUCGAGCAGGUCCGCGAUGCUAUCGAGAAGAUCGAAACGAUCGAAAACCUCUUCCCUUCGAGCACCGCACUUAUCGGAUCGCUGAAACCCACCACCUACCAAGCCUACGAGGAAACCUGCUCGGCGGUGAUAUCCUGGCAUAACGUCAACGAGAUGAUCAAUACGGAGCUGUCCAUCUUAAAGAAGUGGGUGGGAAACGACGAUCUAGACUUCCAGCGGUCUCAGGAGUCGUCGGGCCGUAUUGGAGAAGAAUCAUCGUUCCUGGAUCGGCUGAUGAAGGAGGAAGGUCUGAAAUCACUCCACGAAGACGAUGGCGGUGAUGGCAAAAACCUCAGAAAGAAGAGCAUGCUGGACGGCAUCUCGAUGGUUAUAAACAAGGCCAAGGCCACUCUGAUCUCGAAUCACGAGGCAUUCCGGAAGCGCCAUCUACCGCCCUACAUCGAGGAGCUGCUCACCCUCAUCAGUUUCCCCUCCCGGCUGGUCGAAGAGAUCAUCAAGGUGCGGCUGGCCUAUGCCAAGAAGAUGAAGGAGUCGGCACAGCAGAACCCCCUGAUGCAGGACCAGAUGAUCUCUCAGUUCCAGAUCCUGCUAAAACUAGCAAUCAAGAUCAAGGCCGAGUACAUGGCCAUCGCCCAACCCGAACCCGGCUGGGAGCUGCCGCCAUGCAUCGACGAGGACUUUGAUCGCGUCGUGCUCGACUGCCUGAAGUACUACUUCAAGAUGCUGAACUGGAAGCUCAGCGGCAACAAGAACACAUUCAAAGAAGCCGAGUUAUUGUUCCAGGAGUGGGGUUUUGGUAACGAGAUCGGGAGCCACCUGACACAUGGCGACGUCGAGGUUGCCGAGCAGUUCAGCUCACUCACCUACAAAGCCCUCAGUCGGCUCAACCAGACCUUCGAGAAAGAGCUCCAACGGAGACCGAAAGAGAGUGUCUCGGAGAUGACCAAGCGCUACAAGCAAAUUCUCGAUUCCGUCCGCGUGCGGCAGCGCAUGCUACAAAGAUUCUCAAGGAUGCUGAGCGACAACUACGAAAACACGUGCGACUUCACCGUGGCCUUCGGUCCCGAUAAACUCCAGGAGCUCUUCGACCGCUUGGUUGAGUCGGGCCACUUCCAGGUCUACACCGGAAGCCCCGAGCAUGAGGGCGUUAUCAUCAUUGCCUCGCCAAGCCUGCACGGCCGCGGGGCUGAUAUCCAACUACUGAUGAGCACCUUCUCCUACGAUACGGUGACCGAAGAUCCAUCAGACCCAUACCUCCUCAUCAUCAGAGCCGAAGACCCGCCAAACUGGUUCGGCGCAAAACUUAGCCUUCCGGUGCGGGAGGAGCCGCUGGACAUCAAGCUCGGACACAUGAGGCUAAUCGCCGGCGGCUCCCAGCAACGGCUGAUCAACGCGAGGAAGGCGUUCCUCGAAAGCAUCGACAUGCACAUCGACCUGGUAGUGGAGCAGAGAUCGAGCCUGCAGAAGGUGAACAUCCGGCUCAUGGAGAUGCGGAAAGUUGCCUUCAAGCUGUCCAACGCCUUCAUGGACAGUGUGGAGACGAUCCGGCGGCAGACACGGGGCCUCAACUGCCAGGAACUGAUCCAAACCUGCUUCAUCUUCGCCACCGAAUUCGGGCAGCGUUCGCUGUUGUUCAUGGAUAACAACAGACGGACCAUGAACAACAUGAAGCUCACCAAGCUCGCGCUUGACUGGGUGAGCUUCAUCUGCGACGACUGCAUAUCGUCUGACCGCAAGACAUUCCGCUGGACCGUGCAAGCCCUCGAAUUCGCCAUGGUCAUGACCAGGGGCAAGCAUAUCCUAGCGCUUGGCGAUGACGACUACGCCAGGCUUCGGUCCAAGGUGGCCGGGUGUAUGGCUCUUUUGAUCUCGCACUUCGAUAUCAUGGGUGCCAGGUCCAAUGUUGCCGCGCAGGCCGAGAAGCAACGGAUGGAGGCGCUCAUGACGCAGCUCAAGCGCCUCAACAAGGGCCAGGGCAUGGAUGACCGGACUGCUGCCAAGUAUGUCGAAGAGCACCGUCUCGAGGAGCUGGCCAAGGUGGACGAUUACCGAAAACAAAUCCUCUUAGAGCGUUCGGCCAUGGGCCGAGUGCUGGAAGCCUCGAACGAAGUGGACCGCUCGCUGGCAUGGCUGUCGUCGACAGCCACCAACUUCACUAUGAGGUGGCAGCAAGGCCACUUUGUCGGCGGCGGCACGUUUGGCAAUGUGUACGCGGCCAUGAACCUUGACACGGGCCAGCUGAUGGCCGUGAAAGAGAUCCGCCUGCAGGAUCCGAAGCUGAUUCCGAACAUCGCCGGUCAGAUCCGCGAUGAGAUGCGCGUCCUGGAGACCGUAGACCACCCCAAUGUGGUGUCGUACUACGGCAUCGAGGUCCACCGAGACAGAGUGUAUAUGUUUAUGGAGUUCUGUUCCGGCGGCUCGCUCGCAAACCUGCUGGAGCACGGCCGUAUCGAAGAUGAGCAAGUCAUCAUGGUUUAUGCGCUGCAGCUUCUCGAGGGCCUAGCCUAUCUGCACGAGCUCAGGAUUGCUCACCGCGACAUCAAGCCAGAAAACAUCCUCCUCGACCAUAAUGGCAUAAUCAAAUACGUCGAUUUCGGUGCGGCCAAGCUCAUCGCCCGGCAGGGCCGCACGCUGGUGCAGGACAUCGCCAGCACCAAGCCCAACAAAUCCAUGACGGGCACGCCUAUGUACAUGUCGCCCGAGGUCAUCAAGGGCGAGAACCCCGGCCACUUCGGCGCCGUUGACAUCUGGUCGCUUGGCUGCGUCAUCCUCGAGAUGGCCACGGGCCGCCGCCCCUGGGCCAACCUCGACAACGAGUGGGCCAUCAUGUACAACAUCGCGCAGGGCAACCCGCCGCAGCUGCCCUCGCCUGACCAGCUCAGUCCGCAAGGCAUUGACUUCCUCAAUCGUUGCUUCGUGAAGGACUCGAAGAAGCGAGACACGGCCGUCGAGCUGUUGCAGCACGAGUGGAUCAUGACCAUCAGGAAUCGCGUUGUCGACCCCGCUACCCCGAGCAGCGACGCCAGCGGGUCCGUGCAGAACACGCCGAGCACGGCGACUUCGUCGAUGAGAGCUGCAUUCACGGGAGAUAUGAAUUUCCAAUAG